UAUCCCCCGGCUCGUGCGUGCCUGGAGUAUCAGGUGACGGCCGGGCCAUCUCAGGCAACACAGCUCCCCCUCUCCCCUCUUCAGGCUGCAGCUCCGAGCGGACCGGACCGGUACAGGAGGCGACCAUGGUCCGAUACCAUGUCGAGAUCUUCCUGGAGCCCGGCAAGGGAAGGGGUCUGCGGGCGUCCCGGUCCGGGAAAGGGCUCGAGCCGGGCACGCUCAUCAUCACCGAGCGCCCGUACUGUUACGCUCUGCUGAACGGCGAAGAGGAGAACCAUUGCCACUACUGCCUGGCGGAGGAAAGGAAAGAUGAGAAGUUGCUGCUUUGUCCGGGUUGCACCACUGCCAGAUACUGUAACGAACAAUGCAAGAAGAGCGCGGAACUGGAUCACAAGUCGGAGUGUCGCGGUUACCGACAGCUCAUGUUAAUGCCUUACCAUCUCAGGCUCAUAGGGAGGAUCAUCUACAGACAGCACGUGCGGAAGUUGGAAACGGGGCCUUUGGAUCCUCUGAACGACCUAUGUUCACAUAUGGAAGACCUGGCAGGAAGCUUCGGCAUGGAUUCCCAGCUGGGCUACCUUGCCCGUGUGGUAGACAAGGACGUUAUACCAAACUGGGCGUAUUUUCAGCGACUCUUCGGUAAGGUUACCUGCAAUUGCUUUGCAAUCAGUAAUUCUGAACUCAAGGAUAUUGCAGUGGGCGUCUAUCCACAAGCGGCAAUGCUCAACCACAGUUGCAGGUCCAACACCAUCGCCACUUUCCAGGGACCUAACAUGGAGAUUCGGACAUUCUCUCAUGUUCCACCCGGGGAGGAGGUGUUUCAUGCUUAUGUUCAGAAGGGGGUGACAACAGACCGCAGGAGAGACGACCUCCUGGAGAAAUACUUCUUUUUCUGUCAGUGUCUUGAUUGCCUGGAUCUCGAGAGGGAUUUAAGAAUGAGGACUGUCAAGUGUCCAAACUGCGGAGGGCCGGUGCUACCUAAUUCAGAAUCUAAGUCGGUGUACGAGAAAUGUUCUCGGUGCGAGCACGACGACUUCGACGAGGAGUUUCACGAAAAGGUGGACACCGCUGUGGAGUACGCGGACAACGUCAUCACCAAGGAGAGACGAUGGUGUAACGGCUUGGAAUACGAGAUGCAGUUCCGCCAGAACUGCCUGUUGGAAAUUGACAAGGUUCUUCACGAGGAUAACGUGCACACCAUCAGGAUCCUGGUGGGGUUGUUUCACGCUGCGGCGGGGCUGGGAGAGUGGAGGCAGGCCAUCGAAUGGGGGCAGAGGCUGGAACGGGGCCUUAACCUGUAUCUCCAAGCUAACGAGCCUGACGUAGGCAAUCUUCAUCACAAAUUGGGCAAAGCUUACUUUCACUUAGGAGACCAGGAGAAAGGGCGCUUUCAUGCCCUUAAGGCAAAAGAGAUCUAUACCAUCACUCACGGUCGACGCAAACCCCAGGUGAAGAUGGUGAAGGACUUACUGAAAGAUUUUGAUGAAGUUGUCAGCGACGAUGAGGAAGAAGAGGGAAAAGAGGAGGAAGAUGACGACAAACGGAGCAGGAAACUACCGUCUGACUGGAACCCAGCAGACUACAAAUGCUGGAUCGACCCGCGAGAAAACAAGCGGAACGCCGAGAAAAAAGAGGCGGAUCCUCCAAGAAAGAUUGAUUUUAGUUACCGAGAAGAAGCCCAGGUGAAAAGAGAAGGGAAAGAAUUUCGCUCCAAGCUCUCAAGUCUUCUCGACAACGGUGCGACUAGGAAGGAGACAUCGUCCACUCAUAUAAACGGCUUCAACACUGUCCGCCCAUCAAGGGUGAUGUGCCUUCGUCAGGAUGAGUCCAACAGGAGGUCUUCUUCCCUCGACAGAUACACCGCGAAUAGCAGGCCUGCUUCCCCAAGAUACACCACCUACAGCAGGCCUGAGUCACCGAGAUACACUACCAGUAGCAGGCCCGCCUCCCCAGCAUCUCUUGCUCUGGAAAGGGCAAGGAAUCUUCUGAACAAGAUAGAAGUGAAGACAUCUACCUCCGGAUCCCUUGCCCUGAGUCGGCCUAGCUAUGGGGCGGGUCGUUACGAUGAUCGCCGGUACGCGUCCCUGCGCAUCCCGUCUGCUUCCAGGCGGUUUCAACCGGCUUACAUGGCAAUAACUCUCUCACGUUAGACAGGAAAGGCACUAGGGGUGGGUACCUGUACAAAACCGUUUGGUUUUCUUGUUGGACCGGUCCAGAAAAACCGGACCUGAAAAAAAUCUGGAUGUUGCACCACGAUUCGAAAACGAACAGAUUAGACCGCCUGGCGUUGGAGCUUACAUAUCCAAGAAAAGAACUUGAGCGAAGUAGAGGAAAGUCAUUUCUCCCAUGCAGGCUUCUACAGUCAAACAUCGUCAAAAACAGAUCCACCAAACAGAAUACUUUAUAGCGAAAUGGACCAUUGUUUUGAGUAUCGCCCAUUCAAACGUUUUCACAGAUCUAGACGAUUUCAAUAGGUCCAGGUUCAGGUCCGGAGCUGGACCUGAUCCUUUGGACCUGGAGGACCGUACCUGGACCCGGAUUUUCUGUAUUGAUACCCACCCAUAGAAGACACUAUUAACCUACCAGGUAUAUCGGUUGACCCAGAUCGGAAGAUACACACAGCGGGAGUUUCUUACGUGAGUGAGAGCGAGGGAUUCGCAUGAAAGAUGUCAGAUCAGUAGGACAUGCAAGGAUUGUCGUAGCACGCUUAAGACGGUGUUGUCCCCGUUACUCCGUUCUGGGAACAAGUAUAGUGUAGACACAGGGCUGUCCAGGUCAGUUCAAGGUUAUUGAUUGAUUUAUUGAUUUAACUACGAAACCUCGUGGUAAUUCUGUUAUGGUUAAGUUAUCUAAGAUAUUUGACAACAAACAAUGUGUAAGAACAAGCCAUGUACAAGAACAUGUACAUACUGUGCCGAGAGGUUUGCCAUUUAGUUAUUACCGGUAUGUAGGAAAGCAACUUUAUUCUAAAGGAAAAGUAUUAAAUGAAAGUCUUUUCUUAUUUCUCGCAUACUUUCAGGCCCGACACUGUCACAUGGAUGGGACCAAAUCUGGUCAAGUGUUGCAAUCACACCAGAAACAUUUUCUAUGUCAGUUGCCUCUAGCUGCAAGCUCCAGAUCUAGACGGAGACUUAAAAUCGUUGUCAUUUUAGAAGGACUGAAGCCACAGUUGCAAGCCUUGUCUAUCAAGGUCAACACUUGUGUUUAGAUUAUUGACAUGACUUUAACCAAGGAGGUUAAAAUACACCUCCUUGCUUUCACAACAUUGAAAGAGACAUGGGACUGCUUUGGGGAACGCUGUCAAGGACAAAAUCUUGUGGAAGAACUUAUCUCUACUCUCUUCAACAAUGAAUGAAUGACUAC